GGCGCAGCAUUUGAGGAACGUGACAGCCAGGGGCGGCGCACGUUAUGCAAAAGGCAGUUAAACGCCUAUCACGUGUGAGAUGCCUAUUGGCGCGUCAGAGACACGCGUACUGCGUUUAAUACAGUCAUUUUGGUUUUGUUUCUUUCGUAACCGUUCCCUUUGCCAUUUUUACUCUUGCAUUUGCUUGAAAUCCUCUGAAAUUCUCUGAAGCAAGGCGACUCCAAUCUUGAAGAACAGCACACCGAAUCGACUUCACAUUAGUUUCAGGUAAAAAUGGUUUCACUACGAGAACUCACAGAGCAACGAGGUAACCAGGGCAGAGAAGGAGAGGAGGAAGGGGUUUUAGCCGUGGAGCCUAUCACUAUGAUAGUGCCACCGGAGUUGCAGGAUGUACCGGAAACAGUGGCGUCUGAGAGCAGCGCCAGUUCCCGCGCCAGAGACGACGGUGACGACCACCCUAGUGCAUCGCCAAGCAGCUCGUCUACAAAAGAGACACCAAGCCGUGAAGAGGGGGCAGGGGAUUUGGUGAGCAGUGUCUCAGACCGACCGGUUAUUGGGGAAUGGGAAAGUGCGACGAUCCCGGGCAGGUUGAGUAACCUACGGAAAGCGCCGAAGGACCUGCCCGGUGGAUUCAGGUUCAAGGCUGCACUUCAUCACGAAGUAGCAGAUUCGAUCGCGCAGGCGCCAGUCGAGCCCGCCUCGGCAUCAGCUUCGUCCUCGGGCCCCAGGAUUGCUUAUCCUGAGGGUUUCAGCUACACACGUGCGGAGUGUCAGCCCGCCAUGGUGCAGGCCAUGCACAGUUUUGUGCCCCCGACAGAUAAUCGGCGUGCAAAAGCGUUCGUGCAGCAGCAUGGCGGCCAGGUCGCCAUGAUCAAGCUGAUGGAUGCAUUCAACUACGCUGUGGCGCUCUACGAGAGUGACCAGGCGGCUCGUACACAAAACAGCGAGCUCGGUUCCAAGUGCAAGCUACUGGCUGCUGAGAAGGCCAGCCUUGCGGACGAUGUGAAUCGUCUGCAGGGCUCUGAAAUGGCAAACCGAGCUGCAGCUGCUGAGAGCCGGGCGGACGAGCUCGCCAAUAAGAUCAAUGAGCUCAUCGAGGAGCUAGAGCGAGCUCGAGCGGAAAGAGAGAGCGGGAUCCAAGCAGCGAAGGAUGAGGCCGCCAGGGUUGAAGACAAGGCGAAAAAAGCUGAGGCUGACAGGGAUCACGCUCAGCACGAGCUGAGCUCCCUUAGGCAGCAAGUCGCCGAGGCGGACAGAAAUCUUGCUGCUGCCGGGGAAUCGCUGAACGAACUGAAGGCUUCCCAUGCCCGUUCUAUCGUCAUCGCCCGGGCUCAAGGGGCGGAAUGGCUCGUUGGCUCGGCUGUGUUUCAGGAUGCUGUGGCGGUGGCGUCAGCAAAUGUAACCACGGAGAUCUACAACGAGAUCCGUGGAAAGGUGCUGCAACACCGCCCGGAUUUUCCGAUCCGCGAGCUGGUCUUUUUUGACGAGGAGGAGCUCGACGAGCAGGGUAAAAGCCUUGCUCCCCUCGCUGACACAACCGUGAGGCUGAGGUGGGAUCUGAACGAGGAGGGUGUGCCCGUCUGGCCACCGUCCGUGCUGGAGGACGGGGAUAAUCCAGCAGGACUGUCCUCUUUUGACGCCUGGGUAGAGGGUGCUCCUGUGGCUGAGCAGGAGCCUUCAAGCACCCCACCUAACUCUCAGCCCGCUGCUGUGUCACCAGGCUCCCCGGUCAACGCGCCAGCCUCUGAGCCCGCUGCCCGGUCUCCUCCUGCUCGCGCUCCUGCAGCCGCUGCUGAUGCAUCCAUUCCCGUCGAUCUGACGGAUGACUAGAUUUAGGGAUUUUUUUCUUUUGAUUUUUUGUACCUUUUUUUGCAUUUUUGUAUCCGAUCAAUGGAUCCAUAUCGUAUGUACGUUCAAUGUAAACAUCCUUGAUGAAAUACAAAAAUGAAUAUUUUUUUGAAUUCUUGCUGUAUUUUCGGUAUACCCUUGUUUACAACUGUUGAAUAACGACUUGAAUAAAAGAAUAGUAUACAG